AAAACCAACCUGGCAAUUUCGUGAAUGGGCUUGGUUGAGGAGGGAUUAGGUGCUGACAGGAAGGCAAAAACCAAUAUCGCAGGUACAUCAGUGAGAGCGCCCUUCCUCAUCCAGUCAAUACCAACGACGCUGUCCAAUCGAAGCACACGCCAAUGGCGGCGGUACUGCGAACAGUCGGACGUCUCCUUCGAAACCCAUCUCCGUUUAAUGCUGCCCAUCGUCGCCAACUGCCUCUGCGGCUCAGUUUCGACAGAGGGGUUGCCUCCAAGGUAUUCGUUGGAGCUUGGUAACGAAAGCUCAAAGCUAUGGCAAGAAAAUUCUGAUGCUAAUUAACGAUGAGGAGUGGAGGCAUGAGAUGGAGGAGUUCUUUUUCAUCAAACUUCGCACCAAUGCUGAUCAUCACGAGGUCAGGAUACGAGCUUAUAAUUUCCAGAUAUCAAAAAGGUGGCCUGUGGCUGAGGCUGUCCAUCUUUUUGUAUAGAUUAUCCGAGAAAUCGUUCUGUAAAUUUUGGGACAUCCCGGAAGGCGAUUGGGACCCUUUCAAUGAACCAGUGGGGAUGGAUUAGGGACCUUUCGGGUCCCAAUUUUUGUCUGUGUAUCCUUUGUCCCCGUCUCAUGUCUUGUGAAACACGAGGUGCAGAUGGCAAAGGAUA